ACAGGCGCCCAUCGCAGACAUAACACGCAAUAUGAAUUAAUGGCGUCUAAAAUGAUUACAAAAUGUGUUAUAUUACUUCUGUGCACGUUUUCCGUUGUAAAAUCAGCUUCACAAAUCGGGUGUUACCGUGAAGAGAGACGACAGCGCUACUUCGCCGACAGUCCCGGCGACUACGACCCCGCGACGGUGACCCCCAACAUCUGCGCUUCGAAAUGCGGCGCCUUCCAGUUCAGCUACGCGGGGCUGACGUCGGGCAAGUACUGCUUUUGCGCUAACAACCUCCCACCGAUCAGUCGCAAAGGAACCGCCGGAGACUGUGACCUGACGUGUCCGGGGGAUAACACGGCCAGCUGCGGCAGCCUCAGUCACGUGGACAUCUACCUCACGACGACGGCAGUCAGCGGCUUGUCUUUGACAUCGACAGCGGCAGGGUCAGUGGUGGAGACCGCCACGGCGGUCACAUUUCAGAUCGAGACGGUCACGGGAUCAAACCUCGUCUUCAAGAUGGACUACGACGACGGCGCGGGGCCGACGGCUGACAACGCCACCGACAUGGACACGAAGGUCUUCUACAUGCCCGGGGAGUACAGCGUCACAGUGACAGCCACCGACGUCGGCAACACGCUAACGCCAACAGAGACUGCAGCUGGUGUGCUGGUCCAGGACGGCGUGGCCGGCGUCGUUGUCACGUGCCCCAGUGGACUGGCGACCUUCGAGGAAGGCGAGUGUCACGUGACAUUGGACCGCGGGAACGAUCUCGAGCUGACCGACUUCAUUGACGGGACUCAGAACAAGCAGUUCACUAUUGCGGAUCCCCCAGUCUCCGGUACCGGGAUAGGCGUCCAAGCAAAGGGUACGCAGACAGUGACGGGUUCCGGCAAUGGGGUUUACACAAUUCCGUCGGCAGAGUUCAAGUACAAGGGCAAGGUCACUGGUUGGGAGCUGUGGGCAACUGUAGCUGGAACCAUCAAAAUCGCGAUUCUACAGCCGGACUGUGGCACGGGGGACUACUGCUACACGACCAACCAGUGCGCAACUUGCGGCGGUGUGUCCUGUCCCUCUGACGUCUUCUGCCCCAGAGCCAAGACGUGCCAAUCAUCGUGUGGCGGCAUCAAUCGCUAUCCUGCUCUCAAUGCCCUCAACAACUACAAGGUGCGGCAGGUGGUGACGGUCACCAUAACAGCUACAGGAUAUAACUACAUACCAGAAACUGUGGAAGUGUUAGUGGAACCAGGAGAUAUCCUGGCCUACGAAAGAACGGCGUCAUCAGGUGUGCUUACAAUGCAGUCAAUGCAAACAACAAACGACUUCCUGUUCUCGGGAACACUUACUUUAGCGUCAACGUUCGCUUUUGCUGCCGGAAAUGCCGAAACCAGCAAAAUCCAUCACCUGCGAGCUAUUUAUACGGGGCAGAGUGCUACAAUGUUGACCUACACGUUUACUAACCCAGGAAAUUUCACGAUCAUGGUAAACGUGACGAAUACGAAACUGUCGCAUUACGAAACUGCGGAGACGACCGUGAUGGUUGUGGAGGGCAUCAAUAUAACCGAGAUUGUCAGCGAACCAUACGCGGCGACCAACGAAGCAGUUGUAUUCAACAUCCAGCCACAAACAGGAACGAAUAUCCAGUACGACUGGGAUUUCGGGGACGGGGUAGUGUUAAACAACACCGACAACUCGACCGGCGUGCACGUGUACACCGCCGCCGGCAACUACACCGUUACAGUGUGCUCGUGGAACGUCGUCAGCAGGAAGUGCAACACGACGACGGUGACGGUCCAGGACAGACUAGCGGGACUCCAGGUGACGUCGUCGCCCUCGUUGGUCGCCGUGAACAACCCCUUCUCGUUCGCGCUCACGUCCGGCACAGACUACACGUGCGUGUGGGAUUUCGGAGACGGCGGCGCGACGGAGACCACCACCCCGGCGCAGACUCCAGUGGGCAGUGGAACCGUCUACAUCCACGUAUACUCGACAGGCGGCAACUUCACUGUCAACGUGACGUGCUCCAACGACGUGAACACCGAAUCGGCGGAUAUGAUCCACUCCGUACAGGAGAUGAUAACGAAUCUGAGACUGUUGAACUCGGGCGCGGCCAAGAACUCGCCGUUUACAGUUGUGUGGUUCAUAGACACGGGCACCGACGUCGAGUUCUCGCUCUUUCUCGACGGCGCAUCGUUGGCGAUAGCGACUGCGAACACGGCGGCCAAGAGGUGGGAGUCCGUGACGCACGCCGCCAUGCCUGUGGGCCGGUACGAGCUACAGCUGAACGCAUCGAACCUGAUCAGCGCCGAGUCCGUCAACAUCAUGUUCACGGUGGAGGUGGCUAUGAAAGACGUGACCGUCGUGUCGACGAAUCUCCGCGUCGGCACUCUCGCCAGCGUCAUCUUCACCGUCGACAUGACGGAGGGAUCGAACGUCGUCGUCCUAUGGAGUUGGGACGACGGCUCGGCCAACGAGACGCUCGACAUCGGCGCCACGGACUGGGCGAGCCGACCGCCCGAGGUGCGCAGCCAUGCCUUCGUCAACGCCGGCACCUACAACGUGCUGAUCGUCGUCAGCAACAGCGCCAACACCAUCGUCCGCAACUUCGCCGUCGUCGCCAUACAGAGCGUCAACGGAGUCAGAAUGGAGACGAACGAGUUCGUGACGUACGCGCCGCCGGGAAUAACGACGUUCACGUUCCGCACGUCGGGCACGGCGCCCAACGAGGCGACGGUGGAGUUCGACUUCGACGACCCCGCCGACGACGACAAGUACGUGUACAACCUGACGAUCGACUUCCCGUACCGCUACGAGUACCGCGACCGCUUCCAAUACAACAUGACGGCCGUGCUCAAGAACGACAUCAGCACAAAGACGUUCGAGCGCUCCAUCAUCGUCGUUGAACCCAUCGUCAACAUGCGCAUCGUCACCGAACCCGACAGCGCCGUCAAGGACGAACCGCUCACCGUGAAGAUCAUCAUGUACCGAGGACCGUCCAACGACAGGUGCAAUCUCAGCAUCGACUUCGGCGACGGCAGCCCGAUCCUAACACAACCUCGCACAGGUUUUGGUAAGGACGGUACGGACGUCCUGACGGUGACGUACACGGCGCUGACGCCCAGGACGAUCAGCGUGACGGCGACGACGCCCAUGGAGACGGCCACCGCGACGAAGGUCGUCUCCGUAGAGCUGAAGGUGGAGACGCCGAUCAUCGUGACCACCAACCACCCCGUCACCUUCCCAAACGCUAUCCAGUAUUCCGUGACAUACCCAGCAGCACCCCUGCCGACAAACGCGCAGAUUAAAAUCAACUACGGGGACGGCACGACGCCGUUUGUAGGCAUCUUUGACUCCACAACGUUCCCAGAGGCAGCCGGGGGAACCGGAGGUAUACACGUAUGGACGUACACACCGACAAGCGACGGACACUUCACAGCCACCAUAACAAUUUGGAACGGGGCUUCAAGCUUCACAACGCAAGUUUUAGCAGGAGUAUACAAAAGCAUAACUGGGGUGGACUUCGUCCCAACAUUUCAACCCCUGCUGCCGAUUGGUGGACCAAUAAAGAAUGGCUUGGAUGGUUUAAACACGAAGUUUCCACGCGAUCGAGAUGUCAUAUUUACAGUUUCAGUGACUCAAGGGACUGCGGUCACAUACGAGCUGACCUCGACAGGACCUGGUGGUGGGCUGGCAUGUACCAAACUGAGCUCACCAUUCGAGUGUUCGUUCAAGAACGUGUCGAGCGGAGUGCACGACGUCAGUAUAAAAGUGAGCAAUCCGAUCUCCUCGCAGACGAAGCUGAAACAGAUCACGCUGGUGGACAGCGUCGUCAACAUGGUCAUCACUGAACUGGCGAACCUUACCAAGGUGGACGACACUAAACUGCUGAAAUUCCAGUACGACAUGGAAGGCACGGGUUCGUGUCUACACCUCGACUGGGGGGACGGCACGAAGGAGACGUACGGGACGAACUGCGACCCGGCGUUUGGAGGCAACCCCGUGGGAGCCCUAACGAACCCGCUGACGACCCCGCACGUCUACACCAGCCCGGGAUUCAAGACGGUGACGGCGACGACGUCCAACAGCCACUCCUCGGAGAGGGGCGUCAUCACGUUCAGCAUCAGCAACACGGAGUGCACGAAGCCGUACGUGACGAUCGAGGACCGCGCCAUCUACUUCUACAACCCGACCAGCUUCAUCAAGAGCAAGCAGUUCGUCCUCAGGGGCCUCUCCAACAUCCUCUGCGGGGUCACCUACGACAACACGAAGCUGUGGACUCUGGAGCGGAUAGACGAGGCGAUGGGGACUGUUGUCGGAUCUGUCGACCUGGGCGCCCUCGGGAUCACGGACGACCUGGCAGAGCUGACGGUCCCGCCCAAAAAGCUGGCGUACGGGCUGUACAAGGCAACGUACACCAUGGAGAUGCAGCCCGAGGUAGGGGACGGCGCCCGGUAUCUGUCUCAGAGCUACUCCUACCUGAAGGUGGACAAGAGCCCCAUCGUUGCCAUGAUGGUCAAGGGCGGCGUCAGCGCCGUCAAGAAGUCGAUCGAGCAGACGGUACUCCUAGAUCCGCAGGCCUACUCGUUUGAUCCAGACAUUGACAGGACGCUUCCACAGGGUCUUUCAACAUUCACGUGGUCGUGUGAGGUGCUCACCAGCACUUCCUUGACCUGCCCAGCGGGGUUAGUUCCAACAUCGACCACGGCGUCCUCAACGACGGUGGACACGACUUUCCUGGUUGUCGACAACGACUACAGCAUCAAAGUGGUUAUUACCAAGAACGAUCCGGAUGGCGUCAGAACGGCUACCUCUAGUCUUCGGAUCAAAGUAGUGGCUCCGCCCGCGUCUGGAGCUAUACCAAGCGUUGGCAUAGGGUGCGCAGGAAGUUCUCGAUGUUUCCCUGGAAGUGAGGAUAUCACUGUGCCGUCAACGGCGCGUCUGGGUCUCAAGUGCGCAUGUCUAGACUGCAGUCCCACGGACAACUUGGAAUUCAGGUGGAAAGCAUACGCCUACGAUUACGUAUGGCAGUGGCCAUGGAAACCAUUCAUAAAACGCGACUUCGAAAAAUACGUCAUAGGGACUUUUGGAAUCAAAUCGGAGCAGAUAUCCAUCCAGCCGGAUCUGUUUGCCAUCCAACCGGAAGUGAAGCAGUACGUGUUUGAGUGUAACAUCAGGAAGGUGGGAGAUGCGGAGUGGGGGGCGGUGUAUACCCAGAUUAAACUCAACGAGCCGCCGGUCCCGGGGACGUGUACCGUGACCCCGCUGACAGGAACCGUGACCUGGGGUCAGGACAAGCCGUUCACCAUCUCCUGCAAUGGGUGGCAAGACGAACAGAACAUCAUCGAGUACAAGUACUACAUCAUGCACAAGGACAACUAUAUGGAAUACCAGCUGACCAAGACGAACAAACCCGGCGACAUCCACGUGGACCUGCCUCUGGGCUCGCCGUACGACGACUACAACGAGGACAUCUUCGUCAAGGUGAUGGAUUCCCUCGAGGCGGUGACGACCUUCAAGAUAGCUCGAAUCAAGGUGACCCCGAUGAACCGCCCCGAGAUCAAGUUCCUCACGGAGCGGGAUAUCGAAGACAAGAUGUCCGAACUGGACCGAAUCAAGGCGGAGGGUAUCCAGCGAAUCGUCACGGAAAUCUACUCCGAUAUCGGUUCCAUCCUCAACAGUGAAAGUAGGCUGGUCCAGACAGAGUAUAAAGGUAUUUUAGUGGGCGCGAACCUAGAACCCUCGCUACUUGGUAUUGAUGGGGAGAAGCGAUCGGGAGCUUUUGAAUUGGGAGAGUACGAUGAGGCGAUGAGGCAGAAAGCACUGAGAGAAGCAGACGCCAGAGCUCAGAUCCGUGCCGCCGCCAUAGAGGGCUGUGCCAACGUGUCCACGUCUGACGUGUCAGCCAUGGAGCAGGUGUCCACGUGCAUCUCGUCGAAUGCGCAGUUCUCCAGCGAGUGUACGAAGGCGUGUCUGAUCGGGUUUCUUCUCUCGAUGCAGGAGAUGGGGUCUGAGAAAGGUCUGGAGAUGGCUCAACAGCUGCUCAACAUGGAUAUCUCGUUCGAACAACUGAAAACCGCGUCACUGGCCAUCAUGGACGUCAUAACUUGCACGUCUAAUGCCGCUGCAUUCAACAUGAAACACGCGAUCCUGAGCGAGUACUUGGAGGACCAGUCUAAACCCGAGUUCUUUAUCCUCGAUACCAAUUUGGACAAUGAAGAUUAUCCCAUCAACGCGUGGACGUUGGAAGAAGCAGAGUUCCAACAAACCAUGUUGGUUCAUGCCCGAUACCAGCGAGAAGUGGCGAAGAACAUUGAGAUUAAGCGGUCGCAGACGAUGAAGAUCGUGAACACGAUCUGGGCGAAGACGUUAAUCCCCGGGGAGUCACACGUGCAGAAGACCACCACCAUCGUCGCCUCCUUCACCAACGUGCACGUCAGCAGCAUGGCCGGCAUGACAUUCGCCGCACACGCCAAGGCGACCACAAAUGCCAGCUCACCGGAAGUGAAGACCGGCGCCACCAUGGCGUUUCCUGGAAGCUUCAGCGACAUGUUCACUGGAGGGCAAGUGGGGCCCGAAGAUAGCAUUGCAGUCGCGAUCUCCAAAACUAACAACCAUGCGGGGAGAUUCGCCGAGUCAAGCAAACUACUGGGCGAGACAACGAGCUUCGUUUCCAUAUCGGUUCUCAACACCAACACGGGCUUGGAAAUACCCGUGACAAACACCUUACUCCCAUUCGACAUCUUCAUCCCCAGGGACAUCAACACCCCACGUCUGGACUUCACCACCAACAACCCGCUUGUCGGGCCGGACAACGACUUCUUCGUCCACAGGACGGAAAUCAGGGAAAAGAAAUCGUCGGUGCACAUUGAGUUUGACCUGGGCGACAAAAACGUCCAGCUGUUAGUGGCUGUGAAAUUCGGCAAGUUUCCGUUCCAGGGACCUGGUGGAUGUGACUUCGUGGGGACCAUUCCCAAGGUUGUGGCAGGCGGAGAUCCAAACGACAAGUUCCGCUACUCGUACUACCUGACUGACGAGCAGGUGAACGACUUCACGGGGAAGGUCUAUAUCGGGGUCCGACAGCUGAAACCCGAAGACCAGGACAGGAACUUCACUGACUGCGAUUCCAUCCCAGCUCUAGACCCUAAAGACGACUCGGACAAGAAGUUCACGACCAGCUACAAAACCAGGAUAUAUGUGACUGGAUGCUACUUCUUCGACGAGGCCACGGAACAGUGGGAUACCAAGGGAUGUCAUGUUGGUCCCAGGACCGAUGUUGAUCGCACGCACUGCCUGUGCACCCAUCUGACGACGUUCGCCGGCGGGUGGGUGGUCCCGCCCAACACCAUCGACUGGGACUUCGUGUUCUCGAACGCCGACUUCUACCAGAACCCGACCAUUUACAUCACCAUGAUCAUCAUCAUCGUCGUCUACCUCAUGGUGGCCAUCUGGGCGCGACGCAAAGACAGGAAGGAUAUAGAGAAGCUUGGUAUAACCCCACUCAAAGACAACGACCCACGAGACAAGUACUAUUAUGAAAUUAUCGUCACAACAGGCAUGCGUAGAAAUGCCGCCACCCAUUCCAAGGUGUGUCUGAUUCUGUCCGGGGAGUAUGACGAGACUGACGUGCGACUACUGAACGACGAGAAACGUAAAGUGUUUGAGAGAGGGUCAACCAACACUUUCCUCAUGGCAGUGCCCAAGCCUAUAGGCGGUCUGAACUAUGCUCGGAUUUGGCACGACAACUCUGGCAAAGGCAACAUGGGGUCGUGGUUCAUGAAGUACAUGCUCGUGAGAGACGUACAGACCAACGAGAAGUACAUCUUCAUCGCAGACAAGUGGUUUGCAGUCGAGGAGGGAGAUGGACAGGUGGACCGCGUGAUCCCCGUGGCGGGAAAGGAGCAGAUGACCAACUUCAGCUACCUGUUCUCUCAGAGGUCGCGCAAGAAUCUCGUCGACGGUCACCUGUGGUUCUCGGUUCUCGCGAGACCUCCACAGAGCCGCUUCACCCGUCUGCAGCGCGUGUCGUGCUGUCUGUGUCUCCUCUUCACCACCAUGGUGGCCAACGCCAUGUUCUACGGCAUCCCAACCGACAGCGACGGCGGCCAGCAGACGUUCACGUUUGGACCGUUUGCACUCAGCCCCACGCAGAUCUACAUCGGCGUGGUGUGUAACCUGAUCGUGUUCCCAAUCAACUUCAUCGUGAUCACUCUGUUCCGCAAGUCCCGAGCUCGCAAACUGCGUCCGUCUCGCAUCAACGAGGCUCUGAAGAACAUCCCUCUGACCAAAUCCAAGACCUCCGCGUCCAUGACCGACGUCCAGCCUGAGGUGGCCAGCAUCUUCCAGAUCAGCAGACCGUCCACCGUGACCGGUGACCCGAAACGACCAGAGACCGCCACCUCACGACCCGGAACGUCCAUGUCAACUGCCGGGGGACUAAAGAGUGUGACUGACAAAAAGAAGAAGAAGUGUGAGUUACCGUGGUGGUUCCGCUAUGUGGGCUGGGCGCUGCUGUGGCUAACGACGUUGGUGAGCGGGGCAUUCGUCAUCUUCUAUGCCAUCAUGUUCGGAGACGAGAAGACCAAGAAGUGGAUCACGUCUCUCCUGAUAUCGUUCAUCACGUCCGUGUUCUUCACGCAGCCAAUCAAAGUGUUCCUGACAGCGAUCUUUUUGUCGCUGAUCAUCAAGAACCCGGGAGAGGAAGAGGAGGAACAGCCGGAGGAUGAGGAGGAGCCGCAACUCAAUACUGAUGAGGAGUUCCUGCACGCCGGCGAGACAGGUUAUGGAGCUACUCGACCUCGUAAGAUCGGCUACAAGCCGCCAGACCCGAAGGAGCUGGAGAAGGCUCGCGAGAAGCGGCUGAACGAGAUCAAGAUGUGGAAGAUCAUCCGGGAGAUCGUCUUCUACUCGUUCUUCCUGUGGAUCCUCAUGGUGAUCAGCUACAGGAACAGGACGCCUGACAGCUACCUGUACAAGGAGAACAUGGAGCGGAUGUUCAUCAAGAACAACGAGACCAACAUCUGGUUCACCAGGGUCCAGAACACUAAGGAUUUCUGGAAAUGGGCUCGGAGUGGUCUGAUCAAUGGAAUUCGAGCUAGCAACUACUACAAUAACUACCCGCCCUUUUUGCUGCGUGGAUUCGUCAACGACAAAGUGUCAAGGAUCAUGGGAUACGCCACUAUGCGCCAGCUGCGAGUGAAGCCAGCUUUAUGCAAGCCCUCCAAGGUUCUGCGGACAGUGAUUGACGAAUGCAAUUCCAUCUACUCCAUCUUCAGCGAAGAUAAGAGAAGUUUCCUGCCAGGCUGGAAAGACAUUCCACCGAACACGGCUGUCAAUGACACCGAUAUGGGCGAGUACGGCUAUAAGUCGGCCUCGGAGCUGAAUGGGUAUCCGUACUGGGGCAUCCUCGAGCUGUAUGGGGGAGGGGGAUACAUUUACGCGCUUCGUCAGAACAAGUCGACGAUGACAGACAAAAUGCUGCAACUAGAAGAAGAAGGCUGGAUCGACAAGUACACACGAGCAGUCUUUAUAGAAUUCACGGUAUACAACGCCCAGGUGAACCUAUUUGGCGUUGCCACGAUCCUGUGCGAGUUCCAGCCUAGCGGAGGUGUUGUACAAUCCUACAGAUUCGAGCCGGCCAUGUUGAUUCCUUACAUGUCCUCCGUGGUCUUGUUCCAGAUUAUCUGCGAAAUUGUGUACCUCAUCUUCACCAUGGCCUUCAUCGUGAUAGAGAUCAGGAACUUCUACAAACAGCGCAUGCAGUACUUCAAAUACUUCUGGAACUGGAUCGAGCUGUCCAUCAUCGGCUCGUCCGUGGGUUCGGUUGUCGUGUACUUCUACCGGCUGAUCGUCGUCAACCGCCUGACAUCCGAGAUAAAGGAGUUCCACGGCAACUCCUACAUGAAGUUCCAGUACGCCGCCUACUGGAGCGAGAUGUUCUCCUACAUGAUUGGUUGGCUCGUAUUCUCGGCCACACUCAAGUUCCUCAAACUGCUGCGAUUCAACAAGCGAGUGUCCCUGCUGGCCGGAACCCUGAAGCAUGGCGCGCGAGGCAUCAUCCACUUCAGUCUCAUCUUCUGGAUCGUCUUCUUCGCCUUCUCGCAACUCUUCUACCUGACGUUCAUGUCGUCGCACCACUCCUUCUACAGCUUCGUGUCGUCCGUGGAGGCGCUCAUCACGAUGAUGAUGGGCAAGUUCGACAUCUACGGCAUGCUGAUGGUGCAGCCCGUGCUCACGCAGGUCUACAUGUUCUUCUUCGUGCUCACCGUCACCUUCAUCCUCGUCAACAUGUUCAUGUCGAUCCUAAACGAAACCUUCACCGCCGUCCGCAGCGACAUCAGUAAGCGCAACAACGACUACGAGAUCGUCAACUUCAUGAUCGGACGCUUCAAGAAGUGGACUGGUAUCGGCUCCACUGCUCCCACCAUGACCCCCGAGGAGCUGAGUAAGCAGAAGGGGCAGCAGUACAAGAAGAAACCCUCGGUGGCCGACUUCCCGGACAGGAUCGAGCGUCUGCUGACGUCCAUCUCCAGCGUCUACUUGGACCAGGACCCAAUCGGUCCGCUCGACACGAAGAUGGAUAUGAGGAACGCUGUAAGGGGACAGUACUCUGAUGUCCGAAAAACCGCCAAGAAAUAGUCCCAGUGCAUCGGCACAAACUAAACAGUUCUGACAUUAACAGGCCCUGUAAAUCAAUAACUAAAUAGUUCUGGUGUUAACUGACACUUUAUUUUUAAACCAAUAACUAAACAGUUAUUUUUAAACCGAUAUGACAUAAUUGGUUCCAUAAUUGUACAAUGAAUGAGCUAAUGUUUUGUGCUAUUUACAAUUUUCUUAAAGGUAGUGAUUUAAUAAAGGCAUAAUUCUAUAUUUUUGAAAAUAAUGAACAAAUAUUCUGUGAUAAAUAAAAUAGUUCCGUCCAAGCAUACACUGCUGAUGCUGAUUAAUAUUCAUUAGCAAAAUAAAAUGCUGCUGACUAUUUUAUUAACGUUUUUUAAGGAAAAGGACGCCAUUGUUUUGACCUAGUGCUACCAUUGUAUUGUUUGUUAUAUAUUAUAUUUAUGUUGUGUUUCUGUCGUACUUGAUUUUGUAAACAUAUUGGACACCGAGGUUAGGUACGAUCUGUGGACUCGUUCUGCGAAAUCGUACCUCAUUGUAUCGUGGUACAACUGCUGGAUUCCCUAUUGGCCUGGGUUGGUCUGUGGUCGUUAGUAUUCCCAUAGGUAGAUCAUAAUGUCUGUCCCGCUUUCUAAUAAUGGUCGUCCCGAUUUAUACUAUGACUGUCCUGAUUUCUAACUGGUCUGAUUCCUAAUAACGACUAUCCUGAAUGUAAUUUAUGGCUGUCCAAAUUUUUAAUAAUGGCUGUCUUGAAUUUCUAAUUUCAGAAAGUGUUUAGACAUUGCUAUACCUGUCCCUGUAGCAGUCAAAGAGUUUUAAUACUAUAAUGUAAAUUAUACCAAACUAUGACACAAUUAGGCACUUUUUAAGAGGACAGUUGUUGCUUUCUCAAUCCAUCUUAUUAUUGAUUUAAUCACAUUGUCCAUUCAGUUAUAUUCUUUCUAGGACGCCAUCUUCAUUUCGAAGUAGACAAGUUCUUCUAUGGCAGAUUCGUGGUUAAAAUAAUAACCCAUAUUAGUGAAUGUUUAGAAGUUUGUUUUAUAUUGUACAACUGUGUGUUCUCACUGACGAUAGGAUGCAAUCCUUGAUCUUACCAAUAACACUGUGUAAUUGUUUCCUAUUCAUAGUGAUACUAUGUUAACUAAAGCGGUCUGUUUAAUUAUGUCACCUGUAAUAAUGGUAUCGCCGUUAUUUAUUAAAAUAGUAUUGUCAUGUUAGUCCACGAGCCAGGACACAAAAUUAUACCAAUCGGUACCACCUGGGGGGAUGAACACAACCUAUCCCUUUCCACCGUUGAUUUUCGUUCGUUUUAAAGUUAAAUGUCUUCAGAAAUAUAAUCAGUUUGUGACGGCCAAAGCAUGAGUGAAGAGAGUGGAGUGCUAUCUUUCACAUGACGAAGAGGGCAUCAUUUGAGUAGGAAACAGUGUUGUUUGUUUGUUUUGUGUUUGUAACAGCCAGUCGUGUUUUUGCAAAACGUCUUUGUCAAACGUGACGAGACACCGCUAUCAAUUCCGUCCAUACAUUUAUGCUGUAUUGUCUUUGAUAUUGUUAUUUUUUAUCUGUAAGAACUAAUGAACGAAGUGAAGUGAUACAAAAUUAUAUUUUCCUAUGUUUACAAUACAUUUAUAUUUGUUUAAAAUGUUUAUUGAUCAAAUUUAGUUAAUUAUAUUUUAGUUUGUAUCAUUAAAAAUAUAAUGAAAAUCAGCAAAUGGAAUUAAGUAUUCAUGUAAAUUGAGAGGUUUAAAUUCUAUUCUUCUAUUUUAUCUACAACGACGACGAAUAUUAGUACCACUACAACUAUUAUAAUUACUAUUUAUUUAUUUUAAUUAGUAUUUGGAUUAUACUAAUGAAUAUGAGUAGUGAAAGAAAUAUGCAUGACCCUUUAUUUAUUUAUUUAUUUAUAUAUAUUAUAUUAUAUUAUGAUGGUCAACAAUGUAUGAUAAUACAAAUACGAUGAUGCAUUUGGUAUCAUUUUACAGUAAAUAAAAUAGUCACCAGCCAC